AUGAUGGGUCUUUGCGGGUCCUCAUCGACCCCCGACACUCAGUCCUGCUCUCCAUUUCCAACUUCUUUCCCUCGGUUCGGCGAUCUUCCCGCCGAACUGCGGCUGAAGAUCUGGAAGUUUGCCCUUGCACAGGAAGGCAGGACUGUGGUCUUGCAUAUGUACGGAGACCAUGGCCGCUGGAGUCGUCUGCUUAACCGCGAAGAACAGAGGAUGUGGGAGGAAAUCGACGACAAUGAUGACGAUGCACAAGUCGACGUGACUGAGAUUGGAGAAGGAUAUGGCCAUGAUCACCAAACUCUACGCAUCAUGACCUGUACAACCGGCCACUGUAACUGCCACGGGUACUACGGCGGCUCUUCUCAUACCGCGCCCCCUCCUGUUCUCUUCUGGGUCUGCCGAGAGAGCAGGGGGGUAAUCAGGGAAGCGAGGAAAGAUUAUUCGAUGCACUUCGACGAGGAAUACGGACCGCAUGGCCGUCCGGUCGUCGUCCCCCCCGAGAAUACGGGGAACGAAGACAGCGACGGGGAUGAGGACGACAACGACGGCGAGGCUGCCCAAAGCGAAGCCCUAGCCGUCCACAGGAGAUGGGGGGUAUUCAUGAACCCCGCCGUUGACACCAUUGCAUUCAAAUACGACCUCGGCAGUACCAGCAAUCUGCACAGUCUGCACCAGUUUGCCAGAGUGGCAGCGUAUGAGGCACCGAAUGUUAGGAAGGUCUUAUUGUACACCGUCAUCUUCAUGCCCCCAUAUCGAUGGUUCAAGCGAGACAGGUACGAUUUGUGGCGAGGAUGGGGCGCAGAUGGGACUUGGGUCCCGCAGACGCUGCCGGCAUUUCGACACUUGACGGACGUCGUUCUCGUGAUCGACAAAUCCCUCUGGGAGAAAAUGUUGCCGCAGGAGUGGCGGGCGAGAACGCUGUCUAUCUGGCACGAGGAGCUGGAGAAGAUGAGAGAUAGAUGGCCGCCGGAAUGGGAAGUUCGCAGCCCGGAGUUACGACUUGAAUUGGUAGACAAGAUGGAUGUCGAAUAUUAA